AGAGGAGGAGGAGUAUGAAGAGGAGGAAGAGGAACAACCAAUCACAGAACCCAAUACAGAGGAUGAGAGGGAGGAAGAGGCUGCUAGGCAGGCCCAAGCCAGUGGGCUCUCGGAAGUGCAGGAGACUGGAAAUGAGCCAGAAAGUUCAGAGCCGGUGGCCUCUCCAAAUGUCCUUUCUCAAGAAGAGAGGCCUUCUCCUGUGAGCUUUAGGGCAGAGAGUCCUUCCAGCAGUUCUUCAUCCUCUGUGUCUGAUCCAUUCGCUUCGCAUCAUUUUCCUCUUCGCUCAUCACCCUCCUCAUCUGUACCCAUCAGCUGCUCACAAAACUCAUCAUCCUCGUCGGCUGCUACAAAGUCCUCUCCAACGGUUGAAAAAUUACCUUACGUACCUCAUAGCCCCUUUCACCUCUUCUCCUAUGAUCUCGAAGAGCCCUCCACAGCUGGGAAAGAGAAGGAACCAGAAAAGAUAAGAGAACAGAGGCCAUCCUUGGGUGGGCUUCUUACAUCCUCAUACCGGCAGCAUCAAGAGUCCUUGGCGGCCGAGAGAGAGAGGCGACGUCGGGAGAGGGAGGAACGGUUACAAAGGAUAGAGCGUGAAGAGAGAAACAAAUUCAAUCGUAAUUAUCUAGAUAAACGAGAGGAACUCAGACAAGCAAGAGAAGAGAGAUACAAAUACUUGGAGAAAUUGGCCGCAGAGGAGUAUGAGAAAGAGCUGAGGAGCCGGAGCGUCUCUAGGGGCAGGAGCGACUUGCCUCUGGACUUGGGGGGAUCUUUGGUCUCCACCGCUUCCCUUCCCAAGUGUGUCAGCCCUGCAUCGACAGAUUCUCAGGAGGAACCAAACACCCCUGUGACAUUGUGCGGGACACUUCAGGCCCCGGAAGUGAGUGCCAGCGAGCCUGAAUGCGAACCGGAAGUGGAGCCAGAGAGAGAAACGAAACCAGAGCAGGAUGAUGAAGGAGCAGAAACGCCUCGCGAGGUAGAGGCUGCGGAGGCGGAGCCAGAGAGCGAAGCAGAGCACGGUCCAGAGCCAGAAGAAAGCACCGUCCUGAGCGAGAAGGAGCGGCAGAAUGAGGAAGUGAACGAGAAGGACAACUGCUCGGCCUCCAGCAUCUCCUCUGCCAGCAGCACUUUAGAGAGGGAGGACAAGCUAACCAGUGACAAUGAGACUGGUCCCUGGUUACAGACCAUUCAGGAUGUCGGUGUGAAUGACCAGGGCAGCAAUAUCCUCAACAACAAGCGGUUCAUGCUGGAUAUGUUGUAUGCCCAUAACAAGAAGUCCAAGGAUGAGGAGGAGGCUAAAGAGCUGGAGGAGAAGGCGGCGGAGGAAAAGGAGGUGGCGGAGGCGAGUGAAGACACCAUCACCAGCCUGGCCAGCAGGAUCUCGGUCCUGCAGGCCACCAAGCAGGCCAAAGAUCUCAGUGUCCAAAAAAUGGAGAUUGGGAGUUUGGACAACCACGGCAGCGUGAAGGCCUUUGCAGAACGGUUCAAUAAUGGUGAGCUGGCCAAAGGCUCGAACUUCCCUGAAAGUGAUUUCUGUGAGAAGGUCUCUGAAAAGACACCACCAACACAGGCUAAGAAGGAAUCUGACUAUAUUUGGGAUCAGCUGCUGGCCAAUCCGAGGGAACUUAAAAUCAAAGACAUGGAUUUUACGGACUUGAGGGACGACGACGACAUUGAUGUUUUGGACGUGGAAAUGGGUCCUGGUGACUCCCUGGCCCCCCCUCCCCCACCCCCGCCUUCCUUUUUCGGCUUGCCCCCUCCGCCCCCUCCCUUGCUUUAUGGAUGCCCACCUCCACCCCCGCCCUCUGGUAAUUUAUUGGUUCCCCCUCCCCUGUUUGGCACUCCUCAGGGUUUAGGAUCUCCCCCGCUCCAUAGGGGUCAGCCAGCUUUUAUUAAGAAGAAGAAGACGAUCCGCCUGUUUUGGAACGAGGUGAGGCCGUUUGAGUGUAAGAACAACAAGCGCUGCAAAGGAUUCCUGUGGUCAAAACUGGAACCUAUUAAGGUGGACACUUCCAAGCUGGAGCAUCUCUUUGAGUCUAAAUCCAAGGAACUUCCAGUCACAAAGAAAACUGCUGCUGAUGGGAAGAGGCAAGAAAUCAUUGUGCUGGAUUCCAAACGGAGCAAUGCCAUCAAUAUCGGACUGACAGUAUUACCCCCUCCGAGGACAAUUAAGACUGCCAUUUUGAACUUUGACGAAUAUGCCUUAAAUAAGGAAGGAAUAGAGAAAAUUCUCACCAUGAUCCCCACGGAAGAAGAGAAACAGAAGAUCCAGGAGGCUCAGCUGGCCAAUCCCGACAUCCCGCUGGGCAGUGCCGAACAGUUCCUCCUGACCCUUUCUUCCAUCACUGAACUUUCCGCCCGACUUCAGCUGUGGGCAUUCAAGAUGGAUUACGAGCUUGUGGAAAAGGAGGUGGCAGAACCACUUUUGGACUUGAAGGAAGGAAUGGACCAGCUGGGGAACAAUAAGACCUUGGGAUUUAUCCUGUCUACUCUGCUCGCUAUUGGGAAUUUCCUCAAUGGAACCAAUGCCAAAGCCUUUGAACUGAGCUACCUCGAGAAGGUUCCAGAAGUAAAGGACACAGUGCAUAAGCAGUCCCUUCUACAUCAUGUCUGCACAAUAGUGGUGGAGAAAUUCCCAGACAGUACAGACCUUUAUUCUGAGAUUGGGGCCAUCACAAGGUCAGCCAAGGUGGACUUUGAGCAACUUCAGGACAAUUUGUGUCAGAUGGAGAAGCGGUGCAAAGCAUCAUGGGAUCACCUGAAAGCAAUAGCGAAGCAUGAAAUGAAACUAGCUCUGAAGCAAAAAAUGUCUGAGUUCCUUAAGGACUGUGCAGAACGAAUAAUAAUCCUCAAGAUCGUCCACAAGAGAAUAAUUAACAGGUUCCACUCGUUCUUGUUAUUUAUGGGCUAUCCUCCUUACACAAUCCGGGAAGUGAACAUCAAUAAGUUCUGCAAAACCAUUAGUGAAUUCGCCCUCGAGUAUCGGACCACCAGAGAAAGAGUUCUGCAACAGAAGCAAAAACGAGCCAAUCACAGGGAGAGAAAUAAAACCAGAGGGAAGAUGAUCACAGAUACUGAUGAAGAAGAUGACAUGGAGUCUGGGAAGUUCUCCUGCAGUUCUCCGACGCCUCAGAGCCAACCACAGGGGCUGCAGUAUGCUGAAGAUGCAGCAGAGCAUGAGCACAUGAAAGCUGUCCUGCAGACAUCCUCUCCGAGUGGGGAAAACACCACCCUGUUAGGAGUGCGCACUCGAAGCAGAGCUAACCGGGGCCGUGUUGGCUCAUGGACUGCCGGCAAUGAUGACUCGCCUACUGCUACUGAUGAUGCAGCGGAUGAAAUCAUGGAUCGCAUUGUCAAGUCUGCUACGCAAGUGCCAAGCCAGCGAGCAGUGCCUAGGGAAAGGAAGCGAUCCAGAGCAAACAGGAAAUCACUAAGGAGGACGCUAAAGAGCGGACUGACCCCAGAGGAAGCCAAAGCGCUGGGUCUGAUGGGCACUUCGGAGAUGCAGGUGUGACGACAGCCUCCCCAGCAGAAAAGCCAUCCUCCAGCACCGCCCCCAAGGCUGCCGACAGCUGUUCGACGUAGCGUUCUCCUGCCAGGUCCAUCCACCGCUCCUAAUAUCCCAUCACCUCCUAGAUUAACAUUAUAACAUUGAAGCGGGCAAAAAAAAAAAAGUCCCACAACAUACAGGGUUAAAGCAAAAACUGUGUAGGUGACACAAUAAAAUUAAGGGCUAGGGAGGAGGGGUGAUUUUGGAAAUGGCAUCGUGCUUGUUCUGUCUGACUUCAUGGAUGUGGUUUCCGAGAAGGUUUUCCCAUGGGAAUGUCUUGUCAUGUGUGAGAGGCAUUUAUGUUCAUUUUCCUUGUGGCCAGUUGUAGUAAUUGUGGAGUACUCUGUCAGUUCAAAGGGCAGUCCUUUAGACAGGCAAACCAACUUUUGUGACAGUUACUGCGAUCCUUCAGACAACAGUGUGGUUGAGCAGAAAUGCACCCUUGUUUUUAUCUUUCCACCAAAGAAUGUAAAAAUGUGUGUCUACUUGUGUAUAUAUUAUUGGCGUGUCUAAGCGUGUGUACACACAGGCAUAUACAGAUAUGCUGAUGGAGUCCAGGUGCCUUCAACUUUCACUUAUUCUGUCCUGCAAGGAUGGAAGUCCUUUUUUUAAGGGGAUUCCUUGUUUUCCUUCUAGUGGAAUGCCACUAGGACGUCUCACAACUUCACAUGUACACAACACAUUCUGUGUAAUAGCACACUUGCACAGGGAUUGCACAGUUUACCUCCUAUCACUCAACUUGAAAGAUGAGUUUCUGGUUCCAUUAACUGCAGCACGCCAGCAGUUAGCUAGACAGGCAAAAGUGGCCGUAUAGGGGUUUUGUGCACCUGUCUUGACCCAUUCAGUGGCUUUCCCAAUCUGAUACAACAACAUUGGAUACCAUCAAGCCCCCUGAAUUAAUUAUUCCGGGAUUCUGUUAAAACUCCUUUCCAGUUACAUUUUCCUCAGCAUCACCAUCCAGGUAGGACGCAGCAGGGAACCAAACUGCCUUUGACACGAAGAUUGUCCCUUCUGUCCCCCACACAAUGGGGGCUCCAUGUCCACGAACUCUCACCCUCUAGUCAGAGGCUGCAGCUUAAAGAAUGCAACUGAGAGAACGUUCUUCCGUGACCCAGUCAAAUCACAACUUUGGCUUUCAUGCAAACGACGUCCAUCUUGAAACCUUUGAAGAACCGUGCUCAUUCAAUGCAGCAUCAUUCAUUUUGAUGAGUGCAGGAACAAAAGGGAACUUUCUACACUAAAACAUACCUCUGACUAAUGAUACUGAAGACAGCCAAUCAGUCGCUUGGCCCUGAGUUUGUAAAAACAAGUGACCCUUCUGUCCACAAGAAUACUGUAGAUUAAUCUGGGGAAGCCCUUAUGCAGCCCUUGUGUAGAAAGCCAGAUAGUGAAAUCUGCCCCUGUAAAGGAAACAAAGCAAAAAAAGUCCCAGCGGUCCAUCCCUGCUCUCCCUGGACAGCAGGGUUCUGUCCCACAUUUGACUGUGGCUGUUCACUUUAAUCCAUCUGUUUUGUCUCCUGUGUGGCUCCAUGCAAGCUGCUUUUGGCCUCUCGGAGACUGUGCUCUCCCUCAACUCUGGCAUGCUGUUUACUCAAAAAUUCUGAAUGAAACCUGGUCAGGAUGUACUUUUGACUAGAAGGAGGAAGAUCUUGGCUGGAACAGUGAAGAGAAUGGAAUUUAUUUCAUAAACCUUUUAUUUAUUUCUAGAAUAUGAGAUUAGUAUUUGGUGGUGGGAUUUUGAAACCCGAGCCAUCAGAAACAGUUUUUCUCUGUAUCUCUUUGGUGUGUAAUAGAGCAAGACAUUAUUGUGAGUUUCCAAAAUUAAGAAAACACCUCCAAAUCUUAUGGCUGCCCUUUGGUGGUGAAUAUGCCAGGCUACAGAAACCCCUUUUUAAACCAUGUUUGGUUAUCAGGCACUAACCCUGAUGUUCUUUCUUUAGAAAGCCAUUUCCCAUCCUGAACUAUUUCACCUUCUGACCUACCUGAAACAUCCGUCUUGCCCCGUCUACAGAACAGAGACCUUCCCCCAAAACACUUAUUGGGGGGGGGUGUUUUGGCAUGAAUAGGGGGACUGGACCAGUUCCCAUCGCUGAUGGAAAUAACGGGUCCCUAGUUUUGCAGAGAUGGGAGAAAGACCGCCUUUAUUCUCCUUAAGGAGAAAUUGUAGCAGUUAUGCUGAGACAAAUAUUUCAAAAUGUGGAGCUGUUUUCUAGAGAGGUAAUGGUUUUCUGGCACCCACAGGGUUGCCGACCUCCAGGCGGUGGCUGGAGAUCUCCCAGAAUUAUGUGCUCUCCAGACAACAGGGGUCAGUGUCCCUGGAGGGUACAUUUUAUGGAAUCAAAUAUCCCUGCUGAGAUCUGUCCCCUCCCCAAAUUCUACCUUCUCCAGGCUCCACCCCCAAAUCUCUAGGAAUUUCCCAAGCCAGAGCUGGCAACCCACACACACACACCCGCCUCUGUGCUUGUCCGAUACGGAGUUCACAACUGCCUCGCUCGAGCGUUCCAGAAGAAUAUUUUUGUACCUGACUACAAUAAAGUUGGCCAUUUGUCCUGGCCCUUCAAGAAGCAUUACUCAGGUCCACAUUGCCAAAUGAGGACUGUCUAAUAUGUUUCCAGAAUACUGUUAGAAAUGUAAUUGAGUCGUUCCCCAGGACGCAUUGUUUAGAAAGCACAGGGGGCUGGGCCCCAAAGGGCUCCUGACAAUGCAAGCCUUGUUGUGUUCAGUGGGGUUUACUCCCAGGUAAACGAGGAUAGGAUUGUGACCUUAGGUCCAAACAUAUGUGAGUAGGGUUGCCAGAUCUCCUCGAUGUGCUGGCAGAGGGUGGGAGGGGCUCCAGGAGUGGGGUGGGGCUCGGUGACGUGAUAAUGUCACACACAAGAUGCUCUGGUUUGAGGGCAAAACUAUAUCGUAAAACUACCCUCAAACCAUAAAGUUUUGCCCAA